AUGGCAAAAUAUGGUCUAGUUUUUGCCUGCCAGAAGAAAGGUCUGUUACGGCCCCUAGUGGCUCAUUUACACCUAAAACAUCACUGUGGUCCUGGCGCCAAAACCUUUGAUAAGUGCAAAGUGCUCCAGGGCAACCUGUGGGAAGUGGGAAGUGAUGGAGCCUGCGGAGCCUGGAUAAAUGCAAGUGAAAUUCAGAGGUUUUCGGAUUUUCCGUUGUCAAAGAAAACCCUAAAAGGAUUGCAGGAAGCUCAGUAUCGUGCGGUAACGGAGAUACAGAGACAAACCAUAGGUUUGGCUUUACAAGGUAAAGAUGUACUUGGAGCUGCAAAGACUGGAUCAGGCAAAACCUUGGCUUUUAUUGUCCCAGCUUUGGAGCUGCUGUAUCGCCAGCAGUGGACUUCAGCUGAUGGUCUGGGAGUUCUGAUCAUAUCGCCUACCCGGGAACUGGCCUAUCAAACCUUCAAGGUUUUGCGUAAAGUGGGAAAGAAUCAUGAGUUCUCAGCUGGUCUCAUCAUUGGAGGAAAGGAUCUGAAGGAAGAGACUGAAAGAAUCCACCACAUAAACAUGCUGAUUUGCACUCCAGGACGGCUUCUACAGCACAUGGAUGAAACUUCGUAUUUCUAUGCAUCUGAUCUGCAAAUGUUGAUUCUUGAUGAAGCUGAUAGAAUUCUAGACAUGGGGUUUGCAGAUACAAUGAAUGCAAUAAUAGAAAAUCUACCUAAGAAACGCCAGACCUUGCUUUUUUCUGCAACACAAACAAAAUCUGUGAAGGAUCUUGCACGGCUGAGUUUGAAAGAUCCAGAAUAUGUUUGGGUUCAUGAGAAAGCCAAAUUCAGUACCCCUGCAACUUUGGACCAGAACUAUGUUGUCUGUGAGCUUCAGCAAAAAGUAAACAUGUUGUACUCUUUCCUGAGAAGUCACUUGAAAAAGAAGAGUAUUGUGUUUUUUGCAAGCUGUAAAGAGGUCCAGUAUCUAUUCAGAGUGUUCUGUAAGCUUCAACCUGGUCUUCCUGUACUGGCACUCCAUGGCAAGCAGCAUCAGAUGAAGAGAAUGGAAGUCUACACUUGUUUUGUUCGGAAAAAGGCAGCAGUACUUUUUGCAACAGAUAUUGCAGCUCGUGGCUUGGAUUUUCCAGCAGUGAACUGGGUCAUUCAGUUUGAUUGUCCAGAAGAUGCAAACACAUAUAUCCACAGAGUGGGAAGAACAGCCAGAUACAAAGAAGGUGGUGAAGCUUUGUUAGUAUUGCUUCCCUCAGAAGAAAAAGGCAUGGUGGAACAGCUGGCGCAGAGGAAAGUGCCUGUCAGUGAAAUCAAAAUUAAUCCUGAAAAACUUACAGACAUUCAAAAGAGGAUGCAGGCUUUCUUAGCUCAAGAUCAGGAGCUAAAAGACAAAGCCCAAAGGUGUUUUGUGUCCUACUUGCGCUCAGUUUACUUAAUGAAGAAUAAGGAAGUAUUUGAUGUCUUCAAAUUGCCUCUUGCAGAAUAUGCCCUAUCACUUGGUCUUGCAAUGGCACCUCGUGUGAGAUUUCUUCAAAAAGUUCGGAAGCAGCAGCGUGCAAAUGAGGCAGCUGAUGGGACAGAGCAAAAUAAAAAUAAUCCCUCCUUGAUAAACGAGGAAGGAGUGGAGAAAUGCAGAACGGAUUUAAGUGGAAAGGUGUCUUUUAAUAGCAAAACAAAGGCGAUGGAGAGAAGGAAGGAAACUGAGGAAUGUUCUGCUUCCAGUGAAGGUGCUGAAGAGAGUGGUGAGUCUGAGGAUGAAUCAAAAGAGGUAUCUGAGGAGGAGGAGGAAAAAGAAGUUCCUGCACCAAGCAGGGUACCAAACCCAGACUCCAUACAGUUCUUUGAAAGUGACUAUGACGACGAUGAUGAUACUAAAGAUCCUGAUUUGCUGACAGUGAAACGACGGAAUGUUUUUGGUGUGGAAGCUAAAGAUAAUCCUGCACCGAAUGCAUCAAAAUCAAAGGAGAAGAAAAAAACAACUAAAACCCAAGAAGCAAAAAAAAUAGUGAAGAAGAAAUUUAAAGUCAACACAAAAAUAGUCUUUACUGAAGAUGGAGAGUUAGUGCAGCAGUGGCCACCUGUGCAGAAAUCCAGUUUGGCAAAAGCAGAGGAGGCAGAUGAUACUACUGGCAUCAACUUGGAGAAAGCAAAAGAGAUACUGCGGGAAGAAGACAAAUUUGACAAAGAAGAAUACAGGAAGAAAGUAAAGGAAAAACACAGGGAGAAAAGACUGAAAGAAAAAGCAGCAAGGAGAGAGGCCAGAAAUAAGAACGCUGAGGCUGAAGAGGAAACAGUGGCCUUUCUCGCUCACAGUGGAAGCGAAGAAGAGUUUGACCCCAGUACUCUUCCAGAUCCUGAUAAAUACAAGGACUCUGAUGAAGAGCAGGAUUCAGGAAGUGAAGACAGCUAUAGUGAACUUGAGGAGAAGGGUGGAAGAAGGAAAAGGAGCUAUAGCAACAGCAGCACAGCAGAAGAGAUGCCACUGAAAACAAAGAAGGCAAAAUUCAGCGAAGAGGAGGAGCCCUAUUUGCCAUUAGAUACUGGGCUUUCUCUGGCAGAGGAUGAAGAGCUUGUACUACAUCUGCUCAACAGUCACAAGUGAUUAUUUUUCUGCAGGUUUUCUUUCUGGGACAGCUUCAUAAUUUUGUCUGUAGUCUACACAGAAUUAAUCUGGCAUCUGGGCAGCUGGGUACCAGCAGGCAUAGAUAAAUGAGUUCCAUAUACAACGGAUUGCCUCAGAUUGGCUCAUGGAUUAUAGACAAUAUUUGGUUUAAUUUAUAAGGCUUGCUAAAUUAACUUUCCAACCUGAAGCCCCAAAUGUCAUUUUGCAGUAACAUGUUCAUAAUUUGAAAUCUCCCAGUUUUUAAGAAUUUAUCUUUUUAAUUUUAAUCUUGCUUUACAUAAAAACAGAAUGUGCCUUUCUUGACUGGAUCAAGUUUGUUAUUUUAGGAUAUGUGUACUAAAAUUAUUAAAGAAGAAAUACUGUUGGCAGCUCAAAUCACAUGACUUAAAAGUAAAAUGUAUUUUUUCUCCUGUGAAUCAUGCUCAUAUUUUAAAAAUAUUUUAAUAAAAAUUUUUGAAGCCUUG